AUGGCGACGGCGAUAGAGGAAGCAGUGUAUAACGCUCUACGGGGCCAUCACAAUGAGCACACGAAGCUUCCAUCACCGCGCAUAAUAAAAAUCUACGUUGCCAGUCUGAAGGAUGAUUUCAAAGAGGAACGUCGGCUGCUGCUGGAAGUGAUCGGUCCGGACCUGCAAUCGUUGUACGAUGAUCGACAAAUUGAGGUUGAAAUAGUGGACAUUCACUUCGGCACCGGAGGUGAUGGAUGGACGGCCGUCGAUUUGGACCCGUACGUGCUCGACGAUCACCUGGAGGAGAUCGAAACGUGCCACGCCGUGUCGAAGAGCGUAUUUUUAAUCGUACUGCUUGGGUCACGUUUGGGUAAUUUUUUACUGCCAACCAAAGUCGACCCAGGCGUUUUGACGGCCAUUGCGAAGCGAUCCAGCGCCACCGAAGACGAGUGCCUCCGGAAGUGGUAUCGGAGUCUCGAGACGGACGGGGAAGGAUGCUACCGGCUCGCAACGGACUACAGGACGCUGGCACGCGACGAGUGGACGGCGGAAAGCCAACGGCUGCGCGAGCUGCUAGAGAGGAAAAUUGACGAAAUUCUUCUGGCGGGGAUAUCUGAAGACGCCGCUGCGACAACGGAGGGCGCGUCCGGCGGGGAGCAAUUCUGUGAUAAUCUGAAACGACUGAAAACCAGAGCUAUCGCACGGGAAAUUGAAAAGGGUUUAGCGUGCUCGCCGGGACGCAUUUUGGCACUUUUCCGGCAAUGGAAGAACGGUUCUACCGAGCACGAGGACCCGGACCCGGAUACCGAGCAGCUGCGGGCCAACCUGGACGCCACUCUACCUGCCAGCAACCGCCAGACGCUCACCGUUGAUUGGGCGGAAAAUGGCAUCGACCCGGAGCGGGAGUGUCACGAUCUCUACCUGGUGGGCUUCAAGAACAAAAUGUUCGAGAUGAUGAAAUCUGCCAUCGAUCAGGACCUGGCCAAGGACCCGAACGGCGGCAAGGGGCGCAAAAAGACGGUACAGGAAAUAUUCCACGAACACUCGACGCACAUCAUGUACUUAAAUGAGCACCUGAGUGCAAACAGAUACAACUCGUCCAAGGUUCCGGAGCGGAUACGGCAGAACGUGUUGCUGAACUUCCGCUCCGGCAGCCGCCACCCGCCCUACUUCAUCCACGGUGGGCACGGGAGCGGCAAGAGCACGCUGCUCUCGCACGUCUACGCCCAGCUGACGGACUGGUUCGAGCACACGAAGGUGCACCGGGUGAUACGGUACGCGGCGGCCACCCCGCGCUCGGCCUACAACCUGGAGUUGCUGCGCGUCGUCUGCCAGCAGCUGGCCAUCAUCCUCAAUCUGCCGGAGGGCUACCUGCCGAAGGACGCCUCCUUCGAUCCGCUCUACAUCAACAACUGGUUCCAGAACCUGCUGAAGCACUGCGAGGACCUGCACAACGAGAUACUCUUCCUGUUCAUCGACGACCUGCACCGGCUGAACCCGCUCGACUGCGACAUCGUGGCCGCCCUCUCCUGGCUCCCGAUCAGCCUGCCCUGGAACGUGUUCCUCGUCGUGUCCACCACCGUGCCGAUCGAGUCACUCAAGCUCACGCCGAUGCAGAAGGAGCGCUUCCGCUGUUCGGACUACUUCUUCGACCUGUCGCUGGAGCAGAACGAAACGCUGGUCCACCCCUGGGCCCCGAGUGCGGAGUCCGCCGGUCCCGGAGAGGUUUCGGACGUAAGCUUCGCUCAACGCGUCAACGCCGUGUUCGACGCCAUGGAGCAGCGGUUUGGUGUGAAGGGCUUCAGCCGGCUGGCCAUCUACAUCACGUGCUCGGAGUACGGUUUAACGGAGACGGAGCUGCUGGAGCUGCUGAUGCCGACGCAGGACGCGGACGUGGCCAUCGACAGCAGCGAAGGGGAGUUUAACUUUUCCACCUUCCGUACCAUCCGCAACCAGAUGAGGCUGGUACUGCGGGAGAAGCUGAUGUCCGGUAAGCUGUUGAUUGUCUGGCGGCACAGCAUAUGCUCGGAGAUUAGCCGGGCUCGCUACAUGACGCCGGACAUCGCCCGUUCCAUCCACUCGGAGCUGGUGAACCUGUUCUUCCCGCCGGACGGCGACGACAGCGACGACAUCUCCACCGAGCAGCACAGUAGGAAAUCGAGUAUGCAGACACAGCAGGACGACAAUGUGACGCAAGUGCUAAGCCUGGGGCUGGACAUUUCCUACAGCAUACGGCACGUGGAGGAAGCCUGGCAUCAUCUGAUCAAGUCGGAGGACACGAAAAAGCUUAAGGAGAUUGCCGUGUGCAACUUUGACUUCCUUCUCGCCGCGGUUCAAACGGUGUCCAUCAGCUAUCUGCGCUGCCUAAUCGAGCACGUCCGCUGCUACAUCCUGGACCGGGACAUUGAGCUGGUGUACUACACGAUCCGGAAGUCCAGUGACGUACUGACUCGCGACCCCAUGCAGCUCGGGGCUCAGUUGAUUUCGUGGUUGAAGUCGGUAUCAGCCCACGAGGGGCCGCAGGCUCUGCUGAGUGUCACCGUGCAGUCGGCGACGGCCUGGUGCGAUGGCUACACUGUGCCCUUGCUGGUUCCGCUGACUGGUUGGCUUCCGGUUCCGUUGCCCAGCCAGAUCCGCUGCAUGACCGUGCCCGGGCCGGGUCCAGUCCGCUGCAUCGAGGUGUCGCCGUCCAAGCAGCAUCUGAUUCUCUCGCCAAAGGUCGGCGAUCCACAGCUGUGGCACAUCAUGAGCAACAGCCUGGUGCAUUCGUUCAAAGGUCACAGUGGUCCAGUAACGUACAUGAAGGUCCAGUCGCAGUAUCUGAUCACGGCGUCGGAGGACACAUCCGUUAUUGUCUGGGACAUGAAGACGCUGACAAUGAAGUUGAGAUUACGAGAGCACAUCGCACCUGCCUUAUGCGCUACGUUGGCAUUGGAAAACAAAUACGUCAUCAGCGGAAGUGAUGAUUCCAGUAUUAUUAUUGCCCUACUCGAAAAUGGAAAACUGGUGACGAAAAUCGAUCAUCAUCGCGGUCCGGUGACGUCGCUGCACGUGAGCUACCCGAGCGAGGUGCUGGUAUCGUCCAGCCAUGACGCUACCGUUUGUCUGUGGUCGCUGGAAAAUUUCAACCUUCUCAACUGCAUUCAGCUGGCGCAACCGGUCCUCAACACACAGAUUUCCAGCGACUCGACAUUCCUUCUGGUGCACUGCGCUGACAACGGUUUGUAUCUUCGGUCGCUGACCACGGGGACGGAGCUGCACGCCCUGAAAGGCCACAAAUCGAAGGUACGGGCGCUCUGUAUUGCCAUGGACAGCCAGCGCGCGAUCGUUGGUGGCGAGGACACGAGGGCGCUGAUCUUCGACAUGCAUUCCGGCCGGAUGAUCCGGUCCCUGCCACCGAACCCGGGCGCCGUCACUGCGGUGUACGUGAUGGAGAAGGACGACUACCUCAUCACGGCCGGCGGCAACAAGAUCACGUUCUACUCGUUCCGCAACGAAGAUUCUAUCGUCAAUUUCUACCCGAAGAAGAAGAAAACGCUCAAGAAGUUCCACCGGAACCGACUCGCUCUGCAGUCCACCUCCAGCCCGGUGAUCUGCUUCGACCUGUCGCGCGACUCCACCAUGGCCGCGGUAGCCUCCAGUCGCUGCGUGCAGAUCUGGCAGCUGAACACCCCGGAGCUGACGAGCAUCCUCGAGGGUCACACAGCGACGGUGUCCUGCGUGAGUUUCGCCCCGAACUGCGAGCUGGUCGCGUCCGGCUCGGAGGACAAAACGGUGAACGUAUGGAGUCUCGCGCUGGGCACGGUGACGGCUACCUUCAAGGGUCACGCCACGUCCCUCACCUCGGUGACGUUCAUGAUGGACUCGCGACGCAUCAUCUCGGGCGACCGGGACGGCGCACUGUAUGUGUGGAUCGCCGACUCGGGCAUCAUCCUGCAGAACGUCCAGGGUCCGCACAAGUGCCUGUCGGUGACGAACAACAUGAAGUUCGCGGUGUGCACCAACGGCGACACCAGCUUGCGCAUCUGGUCGCUGACCCGUGAGGACGAGAAGUACACGGUGUCGCACUCGGACGAGAUCACCUGCUUCGUCAUCACGGCCGACUCGCUGUACGUCAUCACCGGGUCGCGCGAUAUGUCGCUGAAGGUAUGGCAGGCGACGGGCGGUAAGUUGGCGCAGGUUCUCGUAGGCCACACGGACGCCGUCACGUGCGUCGCCGUUUCGGUGACGACCAAGAGCCAGGUCAUAUCCGGCUCCAAAGACUCGAACCUGAUCAUCUGGGAUAUCCACACGGGCGAGGAGAUUCACACCCUCGCCGGCCAUCUUGGGCCGGUUACGUGCGUGAAGGUGUCCGCUGAUGGUACAACGGCCGUGUCCGGCAGCGAUGACAAGACGCUGAUCGUGUGGGAAACGAAGCGGGGACUGGCAUUGACCUCCCUCCAGUUGCACGUUCAGUUCACGCGCUUCGACAUCAGCCUGGAGUGUUCGCGAAUCGUUGUCCAGCUCGUCGACAGCUCGUGCCUGCCUAUAAUCUGCCUGCACAACUCGCCGGCAAGCUACAUGAAGCUGCCUACCUACUCCGCGCCGGCCAGAGACGUGGAGGACUUGCGACCGGCCGGUCCGAAGCGACCCGCACGCCGACUUCUGAAGAAGGAGGUAUCGCUGGAUACGUACACCUGGCAGAAGAAGUACGCCCAUCUGACGUCAUCGGUGAUGAUGGCGCAGGUCGAUGAGCGGCUGAAGCGGCGCUUCUCGGUCUCCGCCAGCAUGGAGGAGAUCUCGAAGCUGGCCGAGUCCAAAACCGUCGAGUCACAGGCCAACCUAGGUCCGGAGCAGGCAGCCCUCGCACAGUCCCAGCACUUCGAUCAGCUGGAGGCGUUGUGGAACAAAAGAUCACCUCCGAGGCGCAGGAUGAACGCAUCGCUCUCACGUCAGUCUUCGCUGGUGGAGGAUCGCAUCGACUCCUCGGACGAGGACGAGUUCCAGGAGGAACGUUCAGGUAUGUCCCACAAAGUAGCCCUCUGUCACGCCUGGCGCCCUCUUUCGCUUUCGGUAGAUGCAUGGACCUGUUCUAGUCUGUACUCCUCAACUUCUUCUACCAACACCCAAUACAACCAACCGAGCCACCAACAGCUACAGUACCACUACCAUCAGUACCAGCACCAGCAUCAGCCCGACCUGCUGCGGGAGGUGCUGUUGCUGCGGAAGCAAAACUCGGUGCCGACUGGUGGCAAUCCGGGAUCCGAUCCGUCCGACGAACGCCUAAAACUGUCCUCUACCGAAACCGACCUGCACGCACUGUUCCGCCACUGUACGUUCGGGACACUGAGCUGCCACUCUGGGCGCUCCCGGCAUGGCCCGACCUCUGAGGCCGAACAGUACCACGUCCGUCGGCGUAAGUCUCGCUCGAUCGAUAACCUUGGGUGUGAGGUGACGGUGUUCAACCAGCGGUACCGAACCAAUCCGAUGUCUAGAUCCUGUCUAAUGCAGUAG